CUCUUCUACUUGGAACAUCCAACAAUCCAAACACUGUUACUAUGUAACGGGCAGCUAUAUAAUUAAUGAUAAAUUCAUCUUCUUCAGGUUGAUAAAGAGUUUAGCUCUGUGCAUUUUAGAUUUCUAUUUUUAUAGCUCUCAAAAUUGAUGGGAAUGGACUUUAUUUGAUUUUUUAAUGCAUAAAUAGGACUAUAAAUGUUUGGCUUAUAGAAGUUUGGAGAGAACUUUGUAAAUGAGAUGAGACGUUUUUUUAUUGGAAUGUUAGACGAUGGGGAAAUAGAUUCAAACGACUUAUUUGUGGCUCUAGGAAUAAAUUGUUAAACAAUGGCAGAUGAUCCCAAUCGAGAUAUUUUACCCGUGAAACAGGGAUCAUGUGCAGACACUUGUCGCAGUACUUGGGGGUUGAUGGUGAAUCCACGAGAGCGUCACGCAGUGUGUAAACUUGACCGCUAUGAACUAGAGGAUAGAUACCUAUGUCUCCUCGAUGAAGCUCAAGCUCUGAAGAAACUGGCAAAUACGCAAGAGGACAAGCUGAAGCGAUUGACAACGAGAUUGAUGAGAAUAUCAGCAUCAUCACGUCCAUGUAUUGCUGCAGCUCUCACCAUUGACAGCGAUAAAGUCAAAAUCGAAGAACUUGAACGGGAAAACUCGAAGUUUAAGGACCGAAUAUUUGUCCUGAAGAAUCAACUUAUGAGUCAUAAAGGGCUGAAGAGAUCACCACCCCGGAGAUGCAUUAAUUGGGUCUCCUCCAGGCCCACGACUUGUCGUAGUGAGGAUGCACGUACGAAAAUAUCCACUAGCACUAAUUAUGGAGAUGGGAAAGGAAAUCUUCAUUCACAAAAUGUCAAAAUGGAGGAGUUGCAACAACAAAGACAGGGCAUGAUGUCGAGAAUAUCCGAGUUAGAGGAUGAGUUGAUAAAUUGUCAGACUGAACUUCAGAAAACUAAGGUCGAUGAGAGCAUUGAGUACAUCCGAAUGGUGAGGGAGAUGAAGCAGCAAGAGGAAAAGUUAACUUCUAGUCAUUCUGUGAAUACAUCUUUGGAGGAGAAAAUUCGAGUUUUGAAGCAACAACUUCAAGAAACUUCGAGCAAAAAUGGACAGAUUUCGGCUGCUCUUUUCGCUGAGAAGGAUCGACUGACCAAAUUGGACGAGACGCUUUCAAAAUCUCAAAACUCUCAAUUAGCAUUGCGUGAAAAAGAGGACCGGAUCCGUGAUUUGAUGAGUGAAAUUAAAAUCCUCCAACAUAAUAACAGUGAAUUAAUAUCUCUCAGCACUAACAAUAGUGAAGUUGAGUUGGAAAAUAUUGAGUUGAGAAGGAAGAUUUCAGAGCAACAGGUGGAUAAUCAUAAUUUGAAGAGCGCUGUUAACAACGAACAGGCCAACAUCACAGCUCUCCAGGCUGUCAAUACACAACUCAUGGGAAAGUUGCAGGAGAUGCAGAGAGAUAUGGAUACACUGACUGUACAAUUGAAAUCAUUACAAAAUCAAACCGAAAAACCAAAGAAGCCUGACGAAAGAAAAACAGUGCCAACACACGACAAAACGACCAUUACAAGCCCCAGGAGUCGUCGAAGUUCAAAGGAAGAAAGUGAUUAUUCCUUCAAAGGGCCUCGGAAACUUCCCCAAGUUUCUGAAAAAGUAGAGGCUUCAGUGCAGACAGAACAAAUUGAAAUUUCCCCUCGAGCAUUCUGUUCUGCAGAAAGUCUCAACGCUUCAGAUCAGAUUAGAAAUUCUCCCCCACGAAAUCAUGGAAAACCAGUGGAAACAAUAGCAGGGGCUAAUCUAUCGAGGGAUGAAAUUCUCAAGCUACUGGAUCAGGCACAAAUAAAUGUACCUUUAGAGAGUCACAAUGCUGCCAAAAUGCGUCAAUUCGAGGGAUUUAGUCCUGUUCAUAAACAGAGAGACCAGAGCUGCAACUGUAGCUGUGAAUCCUUUGACAUCAGCGACGAUUCCCAUCCCCAGCAUCUAAUUCAAUGUUUGCGCGACAUUAUGAAAGAAUGCAAUAAUAUUAUCAUUGCUAGAGUUCGGGAUAAACCUUCGGAAUUCAUCGAUCAAAAUAACAAUACGAAAAUUCAGACAUCUCGUCCUAAAAAAACGGAGAAUUGCGAUUUAAGUACUAGUGACACUUGUGGAGAGUUCACAGAGGAGGAGUGUUGCUCCUGUGACACCAGAAAGCGACCUUUCACGUCUGCCAUCGAUGAUAUCCAGAUUUCCUUGGAGGAAAUGAUUGACAUUAUGCAGAGGCAGAGUAGGGAGAGAAUCAAAGUGAGGCGCUAUGAAGUACAUCCAAAGAUAAAAAAUAAGGUGGACUAUCGACGACGUUCUUUGAAAUACACAAGCCCCUGUCGAGUACCUGUUCACCGAGUGAAUUCAUCUUGCCCUAUGAUUGUGACGGAUCAGCAAGCACUUGUUGAGAUUCACAUUUCGUCACUUCAGCUCUCACCUUUCGGAAUGCAUCAUCUAUUCGACGACUUCAGAAUGAGCCCUUCACUAUUCAUAGGCUGUGAUUUCUGCGGCCAGGAAUCCGUGUUCUCACCCAGCAAGACCUAUCCAACCCUGACCUUCAACUCUUCCUGUGUCUAUCGUGUCCCCAGAAUCUCCAAGUUCCUCAACUGUGUGCUUCAAGAUUAUAUUUACUUGCAAUUGUACAUAGUACCACCUUACCCUGACAGGCCUUACCCUGUUGCUCACGGAAAAAUGAGUGUCAAAGAUAUUCUCGAUUAUCCCCAGAAUAAACUUCACUACAUCGUUAAUAUGGAGUGCACGUCCCCCUGUUAUCUUAAUGCAACCUUCGGGCAGAUUUUUUUCUGGAUCAGGUUGAGCUGCGAUGUGGAUCGUGUGAGGGCAUUCAAGCAGGAGAGAGAAUUACUGGAGACGAGUCAGUCCUCACAGACGGAGAAGAUAAAAAGGGAAGAAAUAGCAUCAAAAGGUCAAACUCAUCGACGUUCAGAGGGAAAGAAAGAGAAUAAAUGGAGUCGAUGGUCACCCCAAGAGCUCGGAUCUCCUGACUCUUCCUCGGAAAUUCUCCAGACAAUCCACCAGCCUCGAAAGAGAGAUACUCAUUUCGAAUCCACAACCAGGUCUUUCCAAUAUGAACCCCCGACUACCUCAGCUAGUGAAAAACAGGAUCCUAUCGUGAGAUACGAGGAGAGUCGAGGGGACACUCUCCAGAAACGUGCGAAUUCCUGGAGAGCCUGGAGCCUAGGGGAUCAUCCAAUCAAGAGAGAUGAAAUCAGAGAAGCUAUUCAGCUGAAUCAGAUGACCAAUGGUGGGUUCCAUGAUACUGAGAAUUUAUUUGACGAGACUAAUACCGUCCUGACGGAUAAUUGGGGGCGAUACAAGAGGAAAUCACUGAACAGCCAAGUACGUGAGACUAGCGAGGCUGUGGUGAUCAGGAUAGAACGGCUGAAUUUAUUCCCGAGGUGUCGUUUGCUGAAGGAUGGGGACAUUAAGCAGCUUUAUGUGGAAUUUUCUUUUUUGGGAAAUUUCGGUCUCGAUUUGGAAACUGUGGCGGUACCGAUACCUAAGAAUCCACCGUAUCAGUUGUUUUUUAAUUAUAUGAAGAAAUUUGACAUCGACGAAAAAUCUCAUUCUGACCAGCGAAAAAAAUUAGAAGAAAUGUUGUCGGAUGAAGUAAACUCAACUGUAAAAUUUACAAUUGUGCAUGAACCGUUGAUGGAGGAGAUGGAGACUAAAGAUUGCAUCGAAGUUGGUCAUGCAUAUUUGAACUUGAAAGAGCAUGUGCUGACUGGUGGACACCACGACAUUUCCCUCCUCGUAUCCAACACGGAAGGAAGCGACACUAUUGGUACAUUGAAGGUCACACUUUUGGGAGCCGAUGCCAUUCGCAGCUGCCUUCCGCAGACCUGAGGUGCUCUCGUCGUUAAAUUUUUUAUAAAACUCUUCUGGGCAAUAAACUAUUUCUAUUUCAC